CAUUCAUGCUCAUAAUUUUGAACUGUCAAACUGCAUCAGCGUCAAGUUUUUCAAUUGAAAUACCUGCUACCGUUGCCCCGCAAAAGCCGGAUUGGAAGAACUGGAUGCGAAUAAGAAAGGUUUUCACUUAAUUUCAUAUUUUCCUAAACAGUUACUGUUUUUCCUUGAACAGUAAAACAUUUAUAGUGGAGAAAGCGGGAAAUCGAAAGCUCUGUCUUUGCCUUCAAAGGUAGAAAAAACUCAUCGUUGAAAAUGACAGUAUAAGGGAAUGCAAAAGAUUAAUUCGUAAAAAUGAAGCCGGGGGAUGAUGGCAUGAAAAAAAUUUCAGAUCAAUAUGAAAGUAAAAAGGCGAAGAGAAAAGUAGUCGUCAGCAAAAAGCAGUUCGUGCUUAUUUCACUGACAACUCUGACUGUUCUCGCUGCCAUUGCUGUAGCUGUUGCAAUUACGCUCUACUGCUUUGGACACAAAAGGCAUCACCAUGGUGUGCCGCGGUCUCCUGAUGCAGCUGAGCUGUACCACAAUGGUGCAGUUGCUGCGGAUUCCGUUACCUGCUCCGAGAUAGGUCGCGAUAUAUUGAAACAAAAUGGCAGUGCAGUUGAUUCAGCCGUGGCGACAUUAUUUUGCCUGGGUUUGUACAGUAUGCAUUCAACUGGGAUUGGCGGGGGUGGCUUUAUGCUUGUGUACACACGAAAAGGUAGAACUGUUGAAGCAUUUGAUUACAAACCAACAGCUCCAGGCAAGGCUCGGGAAGAUAUGUUUAUGAAUGAAGGGAACAGAUCUUCUGUGGGUGGUUUAGCAAUAGCUGUACCUGGGGAAGUUCGUGGUAUGUACGAGGCUUGGAAAAAGCAUGGGAAACUGCCAUGGAAAGACUUGGUACAGCCAACUAUCAACAUGACCCAGCGAGGGUUCCAGGUGCCUCAAAGAAUGCACCAGGCAGCUCAUAUUUUACGAUACCAUGUUGAGUCAGACCCUGGUUUGAGAAAACUGCUUUUCAAAAAUGGCAAAAUUGUUGAACUGGGUGCAAUCAUAAAGGAUCCUGCUCUUGAAAAGACUUUAGAGAGAAUAAGGGACAAUCCUGAAGAUUUCUAUACUGGAGCCCUGGCAGAGGACAUUGUUAAAGAUAUCCAAGACGCAGGAGGCAUUAUAACAUUAGAUGACUUAGCAAAUUACAAAGUUAUAAACAGAAAGGCUCUAACUGAUGAGAUCGGAGAUUUGACACUAUACACUGUUCCUACUCCAUCGGGCGGACCAGCUGUUACUUAUAUUCUUAAUAUUUUGAAAGGAUAUGGUUUUUCCCAAGAAGACCUCAAGGAAAACAAAAAAGCUAUUUUGUUAUAUCACCGUCUUGUCGAGGCAAUGAAGUUUGGAUUCGCACAAUAUUCAAAACUUGGGGAUCCAGAUUUUAUGGAAGAGGAAGCUGUCAAUAAGCUAAUGGAUGAUAUGACAAGCCCGAAAGUAGGUCACACAAUAAGAGAAAAAAUAACCGACGAGUCUACACACGAUGCGUCUUAUUAUGGCAUUGACGUAGCUCUUUCGACAGAUAAGGGUACAACACAUGUUUCGAUUUUGGCAGAAAACGGGGACGCGGUCUCAGCAACACACAGCAUCAAUUCGUGGUAUGGUUCCUUCUUCAAAUCGCCAACGACAGGAAUCUUGUAUAACAAUGACAUGGAUGACUUUAGUACACAGGAUACCCCCAGUAGGUUUGGGUUCCCUCCAUCACCAACAAACUAUAUAAAGCCUGGCAAAAGACCAAUAUCUGCUAUGGCACCAUUUAUACUCGUUGACAAGUACGGUCGAGUUAAAAUGGUCCUGGGCUGCUCUGGGGGGCCUAGAAUCAUCACUGCUUCUGUCUCGGUUUUGAUGCAUAAAUUCUGGUUUGGAGAAGAGCUAGGUCAUGCAAUAACAAAACCGAGAAUUCACCAUCAAUUGUUGCCAAACACAGUAUGGGUGGAAACACACAGAGAAAUACCAGAGUAUAUAGAAGAAGGACUGAAAAAGAAAGGACAUAAUUUUACACAUCUCGAAAAAGAGGAAAUGUCUGCAUGUCAAGCGGUGUACUUUGAGGCAACGGGAGAGGUUUAUUCUAAAUCUGACCCUAGGAAAUUUGGCCAUUCGGCCGGUUAUUAACUCGUUAACUAUUUUCUAACAGUAUAAGCGUCUUGCUUAUCAGCAUUAUCUACUAAAAUGCUGCAUUUUUGUCACUAAAUACUGCUGAUCUAGAACGUUUUACGUAAGAACACUUUUGAAAGUAAUUUUGAAUUCUGCAUAACAAAAUGGCUGAUGUUGCAAAGAUGUAGAUAGCAUUUGAUUUCACCUUUAGAUAACGACAGAGUAUUGAUUAUUCACAUCUUAUAGAAAAUGUUCGAUACAUCGAGGAUUAAAUAUUAAAUGAAGCAAAACACAAACUGGGAUGUUUUGAAAAUAUUUUCUCUUAAAACGUCAUGCACCGAGUCACACUGUUAUAAAUCUUUAUACUAUAUUAUAAACAGAACGACUUUUAAAAUGCCACAAUGUUAAAGAAAAUGCUUAAUUUAAAAUUUAAUAGCAAGUUUAUCAGGAGAUAGAAGCUCCUGUUAAACUCGUGUUAUCUACAAAAAACCUACCCAUUAAACUCCUAUUAACGUAUUUUUUAAGUAAAAGCAUGCUAAAUAACAAACCUUCACACAUUUACUUACUUUCAUAGAUAAUCUUUAUAAGCUUUUUUCAAUAUUUACCUGCUGUUUGAUUGCAUCGGCUGCCUGAGAUUUACUUUUUACCAGGCUGCCUUCUUAAGUCAUUGUACUAUUUAUUACCAUAAUCAUUGUACCAUAAUCACUGUACCAUUUAUUACUAAAUUCUUUGCAACUGGCAAGAUGGAGAUCGUUCUUUUUAGAUUAAAGUCAUCUUAAUAAUCAAGACUUUUCUA